AUUUAAAUGGUAUAGAAACUCGGUAGGAACGUUGAAAACCUACGGAUACGAGGCGGCAACGAGGGUUAGGGUUUCUCUAAAAUUCCAAUCGCAGCAUACCUUCUAACUCGCCUUCUAAACCAUGGGUAAAUCGCCAAGGAAGAAGCCAAGACUGCCAAAAGCAAACCCUAAAGCCGAUGAAGGACCAAAGUCUGAUCCUGCCUCGAUUAUUCUCAGCAGCGACGACGAGGCCGAUGAUGACCUAAGCUUGAAAAUCGUAGAAAAAGCAAUGUUACGAGCCUGUGGUAAUGACACCAAUACUAAUCCUUCAUCUUCUUCAAAGCCUGAAGAAAUUACCACAGAAGUGAAGAAAAUAAUAAGGAAGAGGAAAGAGAAGAUGGGGGCGCGAGACAAUGCUGUUGAAGACCCAAAGUCUGAUUCUGCCCCAAUAUUUCUCAGCAGCAAUGAUGAUGCCGAUAAUGACCUAAGCUUGAAAGCCGUUGAAAAAGAAAUGUUAAGUAAUGAAACCAAUACUAAUCCUUCAGCAUCUUCUUCAAAGCCCGAAGAAAAUCUCACAGAAAUGAAGAAAAAGAGGAAGAAGAGGAAGGAGAGAAAGAAGGAGAAGAUGGAAGACAAUGCUGUUGAAGACGUGGAACCAAAAGAUAGUGAUGUAACAUUGGAGACAAACCCUGCAGAGAAAUCUGAUAAUAUUGUGCUGCGAAAGCUUCUUAGGGGACCAAGGUAUUUUGAUCCUCCAGAUAACAACUGGGGAAAUUGCUAUAAUUGUGGUGAAGGUGGUCAUAUAAGUGCAAACUGUACAUCAGCUAGACGCAAGAAGCCUUGUUUUGUUUGUGGGAGUUUUGACCACAAUGUGAAGCAGUGCAACAAGGGGAAAGAUUGCUUCAUUUGCAAGAAAGGUGGCCACCGUGCGAAAGAUUGCCCUGAGAAAUCCAUUGGGGGAUAUCAAAAUGCUAAAAUAUGUUUGAAAUGUGGUGAUUCAGGGCAUGAAAUGUUCUCAUGCAAGAGUGCAUAUUCUCCAGAUGACCUCAAGGAAAUACAAUGCUAUGUUUGCAAGUGCUUUGGGCAUCUUUGUUGUGUGAACAAUAGAAAUGGUGGGCCGAGAGAGGUUUCUUGUUAUAGAUGUGGUCAGUUGGGCCAUAACGGUUGGGAAUGUGCAAGAGUUCAUGCAGAAACAACCAGUAAUGGGACUGGGACUCCUAGUUCUUGCUACAAGUGCGGUCGGGAAGGCCAUUUGGCACGUAAAUGCACUACUACUUCUACUAAGAAGGAAAAGAGGAAAAACGAGUACUCAAGUCCUAGGAAGAGUCAGUCUCAUUCGAGGGAUAACCAUGUAGGAGCCCGGUCCGUUUCUCAUGAUUUAGGUAACCCACGUAAAAAGAAUAAAACACAAUUUGGGCAGUCAACUUCAUCUCAUUCUCAACUUAAUAAUAACAAGCGAAGGAGUAGUAGUAAUAGUAAUAGUAAUAGUAGGGGUGGCUGGACAACUGAAGACCCCGGUGAAUGGGGAUCUCCUCCUCCUCCUAAGUUUCAAGAUAGGUACAAGUCCAAUGAUAGAUCACAUACCUAUAAUAAUAAUAAUAAUGGUAGUGGUAGUGGUAGUGGUUAUAAUUCAGGCUAUCAUAGCAAUAGCAACAGCAACAGCAACAGUCAUGGACGAAAACUUCAUUAUGAAACUUCUAAUGGAUCAUAUCAUCAUCAACACACCCACAGCCACAGGUAUUCAGCAUCAAGAUUUGGGAAUUCCAGUAAUCUUGGAAAAAGGGAUUAUAAUACGUGGGAUUAUUAGUUUAGUUGCGUAUUGCUUUUGCAUGCUAUUUGCUAAGCGCAAUCCUCUACACUUGGGCUCUGUUUGUUAUGUAUGGCAAUUGAUGAUACAUACAUAGGAUAGAAGGAAUUGUACUGUGUUUGGUAUUCAUUGGG